ACCAAAACAAAGAAGCUGAACUAUCGAACGCUCCAAACAUACUGUCGAAAGCAUACAUAACAUUAACAGUAGCUGUCCCAAUACCAAAGAAUUGUUAUUCCACCUUUUUAAAAGACUCUAUAGGUCUAAAAGGAUGACUUUGGCUUAUUUUGCGGGCAGCGCUUUGUCACUUCCGAGACAUCCGGAUUGAGGUAUUUCCAUUCCGGAGCAUGCCACGAGUGUUCUUGUUCAACAUCGACAUUACUUUACUUUCAUUUAGCUGCUAUACUGUGUUAAGAUUCGAAAUUUUUCACCGUGUAUACAAUCUCAGGUCAUCACCAUGGCGGUUGACGUACAAAGAGGACUAGUCUCUCGCAUUGGCAGAAAGUUAAAGCUCAACAAAGCCCCUAAGCAAAGCAACGAUCCGCAGCCAAAACCACAAAAGCUGCAAAAGAGGAUCUCAAGGGAAUCUGGAGGCCGACAGGAGGGAGUCAAUGAGCUUGGCGAGCGCGAAUGCUCUAUCUUCAGCGAUGCGACGACCCUAGUCGGCUCCAGGGAUCAUACUGAAAUGUUCCAUGGACUGGCUCAUCAUGGCAGUUUUGAUAGCUUGGUGGAGGGUGCACGAGACGGUUAUCGCUCGUCUGUUGACACGGCGGUCGACGAGAAGGAUGUUUUGAGGAUGAAGCAGAUCAGCAAGAGAUAUCAAGAAGUAUUAAGAAAGCUACCGGCGGAUGUGUGGGAUAGGAUAGCCAGCUUCCUUGAUCCUCUGGACACUGCACGAUUGGUCAUGUCAAGUCCAGUGCUCCUCGAGAAGUUGGGCCAUGAGCCACUCCGUCGUCUUUCGCUCUCUCAGAAUCAUCACCACAGAGUCCGAUUACUCAAUGAUAUGGACGGGGACAUGCCUGGUCACCUUCUAUGUUUCCCCUGUGGGAAGUACCAUGCCCGGGAGAAAUGGGGUGAAGAAAGUCUAAAAGCAGACUUCGUGAACAAUCCACUCUACAAUUGCCCCAACGUUCGAGCCUCCGUAUUGCCCAGGAUGCGUUUGACGGGAGACCGAGAGUUGCCAUAUUCAUUCAUCCAACUUGCCACCAGACACGCCAGACAUUCGGACGAUCACGGAAUAGCUGCGAGGUCACUUGAGCGACGAUGGAGAUCAAAAUGCACGGGUUGGUCACAUCAGACACGCUACAUGGUCCAUGACGGCCGGCUGUUAAUGCGCAUACGCAGUCAGGUCUUCGCAGAUGCAAAGCUUACUCCUACUGCAGAGCGCAUGCUCCUGUACGACCGGGAGGAGUACACACCAUUCUUCUCUGUCUGUGCACAUUGGAUGGACGGCGAGCUUAUGAGAAUCUGCAAAUGCGCACUCUCGCAUAUCCCUGCUCAGAGAGAGAGCCUUCGCACAACAAUCAAGAAACCUCACGAGUUAAAGGAAUGGAUCCACAAGCCCUCCAUGAUGCCUCGACUCUGUGAUGAGUGUCGACCCGCACGACGCUGUCCAGAAUGUCCGACGGAGUAUUUGAUCGAGUUGAGGUUGGAAGAAGACAAACGCGACCCGGUGAAUCGCUUUAAGCACGCUCUAAUAGUUACGAGAUGGAGCGACCUAGGAGACGGAUCAUCUCCUACAGCCAGCCCGGAAUACUGCGCUGUUACUGGUACGAAAGCAGAUUACGAUAGCUUUCAAUCGGUUGGGAGGAGAGCAGUUGGUGGCAUAUUUGAGUCCCAUAUGACUGGCUCUAUACCUGGUCAAAGGCUUAUCAGUCUCAAUCCUGAAAUGCAAAAACUUGGAGAGGCUGGCCACGGCUGGUAUUGAUCUGUUAUCGCGGGUGUAAAGGAGUGUAUUUGUAUAUUUCCUAUGUCUCGUACGAUAUGUCUUAGAAUUAAGAAUAAUUUUAAUCUUCAUGGUGAGAAUCCUUACCUGUUCUGUACUCUUUCUUGCAUAUGGGUGGCUUCUCGUUGGUGUC